GAUGACGGGGAGUUCCUAUCUCGUGUGAUUCGUGGGUUCCUUGCCCGACCAUUCGGGUUUCAGCCGAUCAAUUAGGAUUCUUUUCGUGUUAAAUGGAGUGCCAUGGCGGACCUGGUGCUAAAUAUAUCUGUACCCGAGUUCUUUGAAAACAGAAGAACGUUGGAAAUCCUACAAAGAGGGGGUAUGGGGGAAGUGUUGGUGUGGCUGCUUUUUUUCUUACUGUCGAUUGCCCUUCUGGUUAUGAUCGUCAUACAGCUUGUCUGUUUGGCAGAUUUAGAGCUUGAUUAUAUAAAUCCUUAUGACUCCACCAAGAAAAUAAACAAAUUUGUUAUGCCAGAGUUCAUAACACAAGGAGUUCUGUGUUUCCUGUUUCUUGCCACCGGCCAUUGGAUUAUGUCACUCCUCUGUGUUCCAUACCUGUACUACAAUGUGAGAUUGUACCUUAAAGGGCAGCACCUUGUAGAUGUAACAGAGAUCUUUAACUUGCUCAAUUGGGAAAAGAAGCAACGACUUUUCAAGCUUGGUUAUAUCCUACUUCUUCUCUUCAUGUCCUUAGUCUGGUUGAUUUUCAAUGCGCUCGAAGAGGAUGAGCACUCCUUUUAAUCUAUCAAUUAUACUUGGCUAAAAUGCUUCUCCACUCCAUUGGAUAUAUAUGAUGUCUUUCAGGUUUCACUUGUGAGUUACCAUUUAAAUAUUUAAGCUUUUGAAGUAGACUUCUUCCCUGUAGUUGCAUUUUUUUCUUGUAAUUUACCAUUUUGAUUAAUUUCUGGGUGGAAAGAAGCUCCUACUCUGACUCA